UGAGACUAUGGUUUGUUUAUUUACUUCCGUCAACGAUGCCUCGACAGCAAGCACUUUUCAAUAUUAACUUUUCUUUGUUGGUUACUGUUGCAGCGCUUUUGCCUUUGUUAGGGGCUCUUAUUUGUAUACUUUUGUCGAUUUUAUAUAAUUUCAAAGAAUCUACUUGGACACACUGUCGCGUAUCAAAUUACUUACCUUCCAUUAGUUCGGCUAUUGGAGGAUAUGCCCCACAAAAAUAUAUAUGGAGGAUAUGUAUAGCUCUUCAUGCUGCACCAAGAUUUUUAUUUGCUUUCUCAUAUUAUGGCUAUUACAUACAUUUUCAUGUUGGAACGAGGAACACUUUAUACAAGACCCUUGCAAAGCUCUGUGUUUUCUUACAUAUAAUUGAGAAUGCAGCUCUAGUUACUCUUACUUAUGUGUCAUCUACUGAUAAUUAUGCUGUGCAUGAGAACAUGUUUAUCAUCUUUAUGGUGUGUUCUGAGUGUUAUAUGUUGCUUUCCUGUAUUCUUUACAAAUGGGGUCACACAUCCAAUGGACGUGCCAUGACAAAAAUGGAGGUCAUGUCCUACCAGUAUAAAAAGAUUCUCUUUGUUUUCAACAUUACCAUGUUCGUGGCAGCAGUAUACAUGUUUUUUAGGCAUGAGUGGUACUGUGAAACUGGAGUGUAUUCCAUAUUUGCACUGUGUGAAUAUCUUGUAGUAUUUUCCAAUAUAGCCUUUCAUUACACUGCCAAAUACGACUUCUCAGAUCAGCAGGUUUUAUUGUCAGGAGAAGAGAGUGGGAAUGCCUACAAAGAAAUGUAAGCCCCAUCUCCCACCCAAAGGCUAUUUCGGGUAUUAUCAGUACAUCCUGUGUGACUUUUGUGACAGAAUUAGUGACCAGAAUGGCUGGAAUUCUCAGUAGAACCCUCUGUGGAUAUCUGAUAUAAUUCUAACAUAUCCAUUUUCAAGAAUUGCAGCCGGGAAGAAAACUUUUCUAUUUAAGGACAUCUUGGUAUUAUUAUCAUUGUAACACAGCACUGUGCUAUACAGCUAUUGAAAUAAUCAUUGUGUUACUAAAGGAUAUUACUAAACAUUUUCAGUUUAGAUCUGGAUAUGAGAAACAUUUGAUUCUAGGAGUUUAUCACUUUGAGAAUCAAUGACUGACAUUUUAGAUAGUGUGUUUUCUCUCUGUUUUAUUGUAAAUGCUUUUCUAUAAAGGCUAGUGUUGGUGUAAAGUACACAUUGUAACCUGCUUGACAACUGUCAGUCUUCAAAACUUUACACAAUAAAAUAUAGGACUCAGA